AUGAGCUUGAAAGAAGUAUUCGAACAACAUCCAUGGAGGUCAUUUAAGAAGUUCAAUGAAGCAGCAAAAAGUUGGGGAUUUACUAACAGAGCUGAAGUGAAAAAGUUCUUUGACAAAAAUGUUGUACAUCAAACAAAAAUAAACCCUUACGACUACUUUUUACCAAUUUACUCCAACACUCCUGACGCAUACCAAUUUGACACUCUCAUUCAAAGCAGAAAAGGAGGACAUAAACCAUUCCUCAUCUUCAUUAAUGUUAACACUCGCAAAGCAUAUGCAUAUCCAAUGAAAAAUAAAGGAACUCGUGAAGUGUUAAGAGUUUUACAAAAGUUUGUAGCAGAACAU